ACAACAUAAUGAAAAUAAUAUCAAAUUUUCCUCAGGUAUGUCCAUUCCUUCUGAGAGUAUUUGUCUCAUCCUCUGGCCACCAUCACAAAUUAACUGAAUACCACAAAGGAAACACCCCCAGUAACGAGUUACAAAUUUACACUUGGAAAGAUGCCACUUUAUACGAACUCACCCAACUUGUCAAAGAAGUAAAUCCUGAAGCACGUCUCCGAGGGACGAAAUUUAGUUUUGCUUUGGUGUUUCCUGAUUUUAAGGGCCCAUUUUACAGGUUGAGAGAAAUUGGCAGUACGCUUACAGGAGUUAAAGGGCCUGAUGAUCAAAAAACUUUGGGUAGUUCUAGAAUUACUAUAGGUGACUAUAUGGACAUUGCCAUAACUCCACCAGACAAUUGGAACAGUGGCAGGGGCAAAACCUAUUCCAACAAUUUUCCCAACAGAGGAAGACCUUUUUAA